UUAGUACGGCAAGGUGUGAUCGCCACGAUGUCCGGUGAAACAACCAAUACCGUAGAAAUAGUAAAAGGCCAGGCCUUCGAAGUUGGGCCUAGGUAUACAAAUCUUAUGUAUAUUGGAGAAGGUGCAUAUGGAAUGGUUGUAUCUGCCUAUGAUACUCAGACUAAAGCGAAAGUGGCAAUAAAAAAAAUUUCACCGUUUGAGCACCAGACAUACUGCCAAAGAACUCUUCGAGAAAUCAAGAUACUGACUCGAUUUAAACAUGAAAACGUAAUAGAUAUUCGAGACAUCAUACGCUCAUGCGAUCUCAACUCAAUGAAGGACGUGUACAUUGUUCAGUGUCUCAUGGAAACUGAUCUAUACAAGCUCUUGAAGUCUCAGAAGCUGAGCAAUGACCACAUCUGCUACUUCCUCUACCAGAUAUUGCGGGGGCUGAAGUACAUUCAUUCCGCUAAUGUACUCCACAGGGACCUUAAGCCUUCCAAUCUCCUCCUGAACACCACUUGUGAUCUCAAGAUCUGUGACUUUGGACUCGCCCGAGUGGCUGAUCCAGAGCACGACCACACAGGCUUCCUCACAGAGUAUGUGGCAACACGCUGGUACCGGGCACCCGAGAUCAUGCUUAACUCCAAGGGCUACACUAAAAGCAUAGACAUCUGGUCUGUGGGUUGCAUCCUGGGCGAGAUGCUGUCGAACAAACCGCUCUUCCCUGGCAAACAUUACCUCGAUCAACUCAACCACAUCCUGGGCGUGCUUGGGUCGCCCAGCCAGGACGACCUCGAGUGCAUCAUUAAUGAUAAAGCCAGAAGUUACUUGCAGUCGCUACCAUACAAGCCCAAGAUCGCUUGGUCGAAGCUCUACCCCAACGCGGACCCCAAAGCCUUAGACCUGCUUGACAAGAUGCUCACUUUCAACCCCUACAAGCGUAUAGUUGUGGAGGACGCUCUCGCCCACCCCUACCUCGAGCAGUAUUACGAUCUCGCUGAUGAGCCUGUAGCCGAGCAGCCGUUCAAGUUCGAGACGGAGUUAGACGACUUGCCAAAGGAGAAACUCAAAGAGCUGAUCUUCGAGGAAACGGUGGCAUUCAGCCAACGCCACCUCGUGUCAUCACAAGCCACGUCUGGUGCCGCAGCCGCGUCUGCCACUCCAAUGCAAACAAAUUAGACCGCCAAAUUAAGAGCCGCCAAAUAAAAAGCCGUGUGGGGGGAUCUUGUGACCAGAACUGGUGUUGACAUAUACUUAUUCGGCCUCUGGCGUGUAGGCCCCUUUUCUUGGUUUCCUACGCGGAAAUUUAUGGUUCAUUGCCAAGCAGUUUAGCCAGAAAUUCGGCCCUCUAAUGUGCUGUUACUGGAAUGAUUAAAUUUUUCGUGCACCCUCGAUGUAAAUGCAGUGACUGUGGCGCUUCACUUGCUCGACAUAUUCUGGAGACCAUUUUAGUGUUAGCUACCAGCAGCUUAUUCUGUUAGCUGAAAUGCAUUUGCGGGGAAGACUCGCGGCUCCGCAAAAGCACCGUAUCUCUUAGAGGGACUUUUGAGUGUCAGUCGACCGACGUACCAUGAGGUUGUGCUUUGUGGUAUCUAUUCAUGUGGUUGACAGCAAUAUUUUCGUCAUUGCCAAUCCAUGCAAAGCUUUGUAAUAUUCACCAUUGAGUCGGCCAUUAUCUCAGUAUCGCUGCAAUGCUGUUGUCAAUUUUAUUGAAAAAACAUCAGUUUACCUGAAAAAUUACUGGCAUUAAUCGCUUCGAGAGCAGUUUUGAUGUGUAGUCUAACACGUGAAGAUAAUUCGUCAAGUAUUGCGUUGGUUGGCUUUAAUUUGAUCUGCUUUGCGAUGUUGCUGCGAAAACACCGCAAAUUGUUUAGCUAAUUACUUCGUUAUCGAUGCAUCAAUGAAGUUGUUUAUUACAUGCAGAUCAUAUUGAAGUCAAGAAGAUGACUAAAAUAUCUCAUUAGUAUUAUCGCAGUGGUAUAGUUCACCAGGAACAAUCUGCCGCACAAAUUAUUAGCUCUAAAAGGAUAGACAGUAAAUAUCAAAUAUUCUUAUGGCUUUAGGUUGUCAGUGGUAUGAUCUCGCAUUUUGUUUAUGAAGUUUUCUUCACUUCUCUUGAGUGUGGAACUAUGCAUCGAUUUCCGAUGCAUUUUGAAUAAGUCAUUGCUAUUUUUUUGGGAGUAUCUCGUAUUACUUUUUUUAUUUCAGUUGUGGGUUUAUUGAUAGAAUGAAUUUACAUAGGGUUGCCAUUUGUAUUUAAAUCCUUAGCUUUUGAAGCGUAAUUUGGGUAACUUGCUUCUACACUUCUGUAUGUAAUUUUCACAUGCCAAAUGAUUUACUGAUGUUUACAAUUUUUUUGCACUUGAACUACUGUGGAUAAAGAAGCAUUUGAUGCAUCCCUGCAUGAACUGUGUAUGCCGGGUGCAAUUUGUUGUUGUGUCGUAAACUUGAUGUGUGCCAUGAUUAGUCCCUGCCUCUGGCGCAUGUGUAUGAGAUUGCGCAGCAUAAUUUGUUCAGGUUCUAUUGGCAAAGCCUCGUGAAAAAGCCUGUGUUGACGCUUGAAUCGUUCUGUUGUUGGCUGGAGUUAAGUGGUGUGCUGUCAGUGAGAUGAUGAGGCUGGAAAAACCAAAAUGAAUUGUGCAAAGUUUCGUGGUGGCGGCUCGCCCAAGUGCUGGACAUCAGCUUCUUGAUUGCUAUGCGAUCUUUUGAUUACCGCCUCAUUCGAUAAGAAAUAUUUCUGAUUUUUACUCGAUUUCAGAUGCAAUUAAAUGUUCAGAUAGUUAGCACAUUAAACCUAUCAUCAUAAACUAGUUAUGGGCACAAAUUAUGUGCAUUUAUCACUCGUCAUUCGUGAAUCUUGACGUCGUGUUGGAACUUUAUCGGCAUCUUGAACAUGAUGUUUGUAUGUUAGUCUUGUUCAAGAUAGUAUCGUAGGCAUUGGAAGUACGUACAUAGGCAUGAAGGCUGUGGGAAUUUUAGUAAAUGCUGAUUAUACGAUGAUGGCACCUUGCUACCUGUCACUAAGUUGCUAGAUAAGUUUCUUGUUGAUCUCGUAGUAGCUCAGCGAAGAUUGUUCUGGCGAACACUUGUAAAAUUCGUUUCAUUUUUAUGUACUUUUGGCGUUUGAGGAAUAUUUAUUUUGCUUUUGGGGUAACUGAUUAGAAUAGACGGCUUUUUUUUGUUCCUUUCAAGUUUGAACUGUGUAACUUUAUUGAUUUUUGUCAUAGAAAUUAUUUUUUACAAAACGGAAUUUAUUUGAGGUUUAAGGGGUAUUAUUGGGCUAAUUUACUCAACUAUCUUUGAGGAGGUAAUAGGAGUCCUUUAUGGUUAUCCAUGACUUUAUUGGCAAUUUUCUUACAACUACAAUUAUGUGAUAAAUUGAAAAAAAAGUGUAAGCGAUUUUUUCUUUAAUGAAGAGUCUGAUUGGUAACUUAUCUGUUCUAUAGUUAUAUAUACUAGAUCAUUUUUACCCCAUGGAAGUCUGUAUAAAAGGAUGUACGUAAACUUCACUUUAAUGUUUUCCUCUUUCUUUUGGGGUCUUUUAUGAAAAGGCAUUCCUUUAUUGUAAUUUCAUUUUUUUUCCAGAAUUGCUUAUGUUAGCAGACUACUGUAUGAUUCUGUAACAAUUCAGCAUGUAGAAAUCAAGCUACUUGCAUCAUUUGGCCUGAUCUUGUUACCGAAAUGUGCCAUAGUUGUGCCAUGUCCAGCUUACUAAUCCUGGUUGGCUCACUGCAAUCCUUUUGAGCUGUGGCAACUAUCCAAGUACACGAGUGUUGUCUGGUGGAGCGAUUCUUAAGAUGGUUCUAAUAAUGUUUGAUUGGUCAUCUGUUGAGCAAUGCUUACUGUCUCGAGUUCUGGAUUCGGCAGAAUCCCCCAAAAAAUUGUUGUGGGAAACGCGUGAACAAUAAUAGUGUAAUGGACAUAGUGCUUACGACGCGGGUGCAUGUUAAUGCCUAUUCUUGUGAAAAUAAUUUCCUCCGUGUUGAUUUGCGCUUUCUGCGGUGAUAUUUUCAUGGAUGCUUUAUCAAGUUUUUGUCCAAGGCGAAGUGGUAGACACGAGAAAAUAUUUGCUCUCUUAUUUCUUCCUCUGUGAGCCCGAACGACUUGAACCGUUUGACGAACAAAAUUUAUUUCACUUUAGUGCAAAGAUACGUGUCGCAUGAAGGGAUCAAGUUAUUUACGUCAAACAUGGUUGUUAUCAUGAUUUUAUUAUUCGAUCUGUUGAGGACAAAUUACUCUCAUUUAUCUGGCCUCAAAACUUUAAAUGAACUCGGCACGCCUGCUUGAUUAUUGAAUUUUUUGAAGGCGUGAAUUCAGAAAAAAAUUAUUUUCAUUAUCGGUUUCAGUGUUAUUAAUACUGGCCAGUUUAAGGUUAGGAAUGCAUGGUCCUGAUACUUGACGUUCUAUUUGCAACUUGGAAUAUCAUGUUUUAUUCACUAUAAGUCAUUUGACGUUAUAUCUCAAGUUGAUUAUCAGAGACGAUUUUAAGGUUACAUCGGCUUUAUAGUGCCAACGUGAGUGAGUGAAAUCGUUUGGUUGCAUUAACCGAAAUCUGUCGAUGUACUGUACUCAUAAGCAAUAUAUGUUUUAUGAAUGAAUGUUUCAUGGAAACAAACUAUUGUUGUUGAGCCAAUGUUGUCAAGUCGUUGUCUCAUUGUUCUUUGCACGAAACUCUGCUGUUACUUCUUUUCUUAAUACAUUUACUUCUUUUACUUAUUAAUCGCAUUUGUCAUUGCUUCGUUUGCUUACUUUUUCAUAUGGAGUCUGAUUAUUAAAUAAGAAGAAGGAUCACUAUUAAAUCAAGACAUGGAUAUCUUGAAUUAUAUGACUCUGCAUAUUUUUUAUAACAUUUUCUUAUAAACUCUAACUUUUCAAUAAAAUUUUGAAAAAUUACCAUUUGAUUUGACGAAAGAGCAAUGCGUAUCUAAGAGACGUCUAUGAUGACGUACCGUAUUUGUUGACGUACGUUUUGAUUAUGAAGUUCAGACUGAAGUGUUGAACCAUGAGUUGGCUUUCUCUGAGGUUGUAUGAUCUCUGUGGUACUGCUGUGUAUAUGUAGUCACUUUGUCUAGACUGAGUACAUUUUAAAUGUAGAUCUUUUGAGCGUCCAUAUUGUGCCCCUUUCAUCAUCCUUUUCCUAGAACUAGUGAUGAUACUUUAAUCCAAUGUUGAAAACUGCUAUUGAAAAGCAUUACCGGUAACUACUGAAGUGUUGAUCUAAUCAUGGGAGUGUUCUUAAUCAUUGUGUAAUUGAUAAAAUAACUCCUGAUAAAACCCCCUUUAAAUUUGACAAGAAAGAGGUAGGUAGUAUUAAUCAGUCGUUUGAUAAUAGAAAUUUAUGAAAUUAUUGCUUAGACGGUGAAAUUAUUUCAUUGUUCUUAUUCAUUUUAACUCUGGUUUGCAGUGGGUGGAUAUGAAACAAUUCACACCACGUCCCAAAAUUUCUUGGAAGAAAAUAAAUCCAGUUGACGACUCAUUUCACUUCAAUCUUGUAUUGCAUACUAAUCAUCAUUAGUUUGCUAAUUAUACUACGAUGUACGGGCGUUCUUGUGUAAUAUUCCAUAACCUGUGCCGUUUUUAAUUAGCUUGAUGAAAUUUGCCACCCUAGAAAGAAAGUUUCUUCGAGAUUUAUUGGAUUUUUACUCGCAUUUUACGCACAUUUUAUUUCAUACAGCCUCAACGAGUUGAGCAAUAAAGACCACGAAGCUAUGGUAUAGAUAUCUGUCGAGCACUGGUGCUAGACUAUUGGUUAACUAGUAUAUAAUUUGUGGAUAUUUGAUGAUUCUUUAAUUAUUCCUGAGGACAGGAGCCGUCGUGAGCUGCACUGGACUUCGCUGUAAAGGACACCGCUGGACUUCGAUGUGUUGUUGUCUCCAAUGUUUGGCGUGCUGUGUUAGCGUUGAUCUGUUCAGUAAUUACCUGAAAGCGAUUCAUAAUAACCGUAAUAACAGUGAUGAGCGAUCAUAAUCAUAAACGUAGAAAAAGAUAUUAUGAUUGUCCCAUCAUUGUGGUAUUCGACGGUUGCGAGCUCGGUCAGUAAUUCAUGUAAUCCUAACCUCUAAAAAAUACCCGUUGUACUGUAAUUUUUUUUAGUGUCGCGCUAUUUGUGACCGACCAUAUAUUAUCUUGAAGCUUAUCGUCAUAGGUAUCAUAUGUCUCAUUCAGCAGUAAAAUUUCUGUUCUCAGUCAUUUGUCUGGCUGUUACUUGUCAUCGUGUUGCGGCUCUUCCAAUUGAGCUGAUUUUAGUGCUGAGUUUAGUAGUACCCGUGUACACUAUUUUCCUAGUAUAUGCGGUAUGAUUCCUUCCGUGAAUUGUUUGUUAUUUUGGUUGAUGAUGACACCCUGACUAUAGCGUCUCUUUGUAUGGGAUUAAAUAUUUUAUGUUUGUCUAUUUAAUCUUAUCAUUAAGUCAUUGGUAAAAAAAAUUCUGUUACGAAAUUUAUCUUGCCAUUCUGCUGUAAAGUAUAUAGUAUUGCAUUGGUCGUUUCGCAUAGAUUAUUUUGUGUUCUUGUAGUGGCCCUCAGGUUUGCCUGUGAGUCUGGAUGCCUGGGUCUUGAUAGCUACUCGCUUAGAUACGAUGUCGAUGCAAUCGAAAAAAAACUAUUGGGAAAUAGCAUUGCAUACGUGAACGAUGCAAAUCUAGUAAGCUGGUUCUAAUGCUCGUUCAUUUGUUGUGUAAAGUUGCAUGAGCUAUCUCAAAAUUCACUCUGUGCGAUGAAAUUUUAAUAUACCGUAUCGAUUGCAACUUAUUGUAUAACGAUGUCUAUACUUAAUGUAUUGUAUUCAUAUUUUUAUAACGAGGCUCAUUUAUUUAAGAAUCAUUUUGUGAAUUACCGUUGUUAAUUUUGCUGCUUGUAGUGAAAGUUUUCAAAUAUAUACUUUUACCUUAAUAAUACAAAAUUAAUGCAUUUCUCUUGCUUAGUACUGACACUUGUUAUCUAUUUGUUAUUUCUCGAACUGUAAACGAGGAUAUAAUUCCUCACAAUGUGAUUUUUUUUUAUCGAUAGUGGCUUGUUCUUUAUUCUAAACUGCUUACAUCUCUCCCGUGUAAUAUUUUAGUUCUAGUGCGUAGUCUAUUUACGAGUUAGCAGUGAAAGCUGUUACCUUAGCCAGGGUAUUCUUGUGCAAUGCCAAUCUCUUACCUUAUUCAUGAUUUUGCUUUUAUGUCCCAGCUUACGUUUAAUAUUUUAUUCUUUUGAAUUUGGAGAUUGUUACCACUCGUUUUCUUUGCUUGAGUUCAUCUGUGACGGUCAAUUGACCAUGUAUUCUUAUUCCAACGUUUUGCUUUGUUGGCGUUAUAUCUGAAUGUUCAUCGCGGUAAUAGUUUGUUUCUUUAUUAUUCUCAAUUAUGUUUCUCACUGGACUUGCGUCCAAUAUUUUAAAGAUUUGUGUUGGUGAAAGAUUGGCGCUGUUACGCAGAUUUUAACUCGUUAAUCGCUGCAGAUAUUUUUUAUAAACGUCUGACUUGCCAGUGAAGCCAAUUCGGCAAUUGAUCUUCGUGCAAACUUGAUCCUCCUCAUAAUUGUGUGGAUCUCAAAGUUGUUGAAGUUAUAAUUUGUUGGUGUUAUUUGUCAAACUUAGUAGAAUGAAUAGGGACGAUGGAAUCGUCUUGAUUAGGAUGUUUAGAAAGCACAGGUGAAUUUAGCUAAAAUGAUAAAAAUAAUGUUUUGCAUCUGAUACGGAGAAAAGACCACAUUGUUAAAGAUUGUCGAUGUUGGAUUACUGAGAACGGUAAAUAUUGUAGUUCAUAUGUCAGGCGUAGCGACCACUUUGUAAAGAUUGUUUAAACCUUAUUUUGUGUGAUUUUACAGAAUACCAUGUGACUUACGUUCGACGCCUAACAGUAGAUUAGUACUUGUGUCUUGAAAAAUUCAAACUCGCGGAUGGUCCUCACAACUUUAUCUGAAUUUUCUCCUGUUUUGCCAUUCGUUCGCAAAACGUCUUAGCAAUAUGUGACCUCAACAAGUCCUGGUUAUUAGAUAUUUGCCACUGAAGGAUUUUAGUAACUUCAAAUAUUGACCCCAUCAAUGCCAUAAUUCUUCUCGGUUAUUCAUUGCUUGCUUCACCUUUCUGACUUUACUUCUCUCGCUUGUCUCGCAUAUUAAUUGGUAAAGAUGACCGUGCUGCAAUAUAUUCAAAAGUCUAUCGAAUCUAACCUUGUUGCUCGUUCACCAUCUCGACUACAAUAUUUUCUGGUCAUUAUUAUGAAAACUAUCGGCCAUCUUCAAAGAAACUCCGUCAAGAAGUAGAUGUUGAAUUUAUAAUGGUCCGUGUAUUUGUUCUGAAGGAUGAGCUUUUCAACCAUUUUCACUUGAUUAAAUGCAGGUUCUGAUACUUAUGGACACUUCUUAUAUAUAAGAGAAUUGAUUUAUAUUCUCUCCAAACUUGAAGUGUUCGAUUGGAAUAGAACCUGAUGAUGCAUUAGCAUCUGUGUGUGUUGAAGGCCGUGUCUUCUGUAGCCUCAAAUGCUUGUCGAUAUGUAAAUGUUAUGUAUAUGUGGUUAAAUCGAUGGUCUUCAUAUGAUGUAAUAUCUUCUUAUUACGUGUUUUUCUAACUAUGGUUUUUGGCCAUUACGUUUCUAUUAAUUUUGCAACCUACCAGUUGGUCUGUACGACCAACAUUUACUCUGCACUAUAUAUAUACUAGCUAUGAAUUCUAAGAAGACUAAGAGCUUCUACUCAUGAAUGAUUUCUCAAUUAAACUUGGUUAAAUUCUUACUGUUCAGAUGGUAUUCAGAUAUUUUUCCACUCAGGUCAAGUGUAUAUUAAUUUCCAUGGGGGAUAUUGUUGUUCGAAUUCGUAACGAAACUAUUUAUCGAUUAAUGUGCAGUAUUUAUCUGUACAUCAUGACAACUGACCGUAUUGUAACGUGGGUGAAGUGGGCUUCGUAUCAUAUAUACAGGUACUCAAAGAGCUCACUUCUGAAACAAAUUAAUUGAUGUUUUCACUAACAACAUUCCACUAUAGUAGUUUAGUCAAUAAUUCUGGAUUGUCUGUGCUUCUCUGUGAGAAAUCCUGUAGGUGUGUCUGGAAUUUUUAUAAUUGCGCUUCGUGGUGCAAGAGGCCGGUUGUGAAAACGAGCAUUGAAGACGUUUGAUAAAAAUCUUCACUAAGAUUCGCGUCGACGAAAUUGCGUUGAAAUUAUUCUAGUGUGAUGAUGUAUCACAAGUAAAAAAAAUUCAUAUCAACAUUUGAAGACUCGCGAAUUGCGUUGCAUACAUUAAUAUCCAAUUUGCUUAGCUCACUAGCUUGGUCAGCAAGAUAUUUUCCAAUUUGAACAAUACUUUGAUUAGACGUUUGAAAUAUUUUGUGUGUUCUCUCUUCAUUAUCGCUGUGGUACAACGUUAUUAUAUUGUUGAAUGGUAUUAAAUCAGACGUCGUGUUCAUCGUUAAGUGGCGCACCUGUUGUCUGGUGUAGUGCUCGUGGCCACAUGCCUCCAUGUCGCGUCGAAAACCCUUUGUUGGAAUAACUUGCACUUACCAUAUCAAAUUUUAUACGCUUCUCGGACUCCUAAUUAGGCCUUAUUCAGAAUUUAAAUUAUCAGUAGUCCAAUGCCCUCUUCCAGAACUUUCUCCAACUAAUUCAAUGAAAUUUCAAAAGCUUCCAAAGACAUGGUCAGCAAGACAGUAAAUGGAAACUGAACUGUUGAACAACGCAAGGCGAAUGUCGCCUUGCAGUCAUAACUUAUCUAACUCGAACCUCUCGUCUACAGUGUCAUAAAACCGUUGAGUGUCUUUUACAGUUCCAACUUUGUGUAUGUAUUGUACCUGGCCUUUACUUCGUUGAAAAUAAAUCCUAAGUGAA